CGGUCGAGAAACGCACGACCAAUGAGCACUACAAACAUGGAAGAAGCUGCGACAAUCGCAGCAGAGUAUAUCUCCAGCCUCGACAAUCUGCCGAGCGAAGUGCAGUUUUUACUGACGGAGAUGAGGAUCAAAGACUCUCGAUCUCAAGAAAUUUUGCAAGAGAUCCAGAAAGAAUCCGCAAAGUACAUACGCCACUCGCUCCGCGGCGGAGAACCCAGCCCCAAGGAUGCCGCCAUCCCCGAGAAGAUUAGGCACGAUUAUGCCGAGGUGGACAGGCUCGCUGCGGAGAAGAUGGCGCUCGCGGAGCGCGUUGUGCGCCUCAUCGCACGCGCACGCGCGCGGCUGGACGUUGACCUAACGAAGGUGCUUGCUCUCCAGGGCGGGGACGACCCGCGGCAGGUGAUGGCGCACAGCGACGCCUCUGCCUAUCGUCCAAACCCAGUGGUCGCUCAGAUGAACAAGAGCCUCCGCGACGCGUUCAACGACACGUCGCAAGAGUCUUUGCCGGCCUCUCCGUCUGCGUCAGGCUCAGUUUAUAGCCUCAAGAGGCGGAAAUUAACCUCAGGCGCCUCGGCCGCCUCCAUCAAGCUCCCAUCUCCCGCGCCCCCUGCUACGGGCAGCGCCACGCCCACCGCCUCGCGCUCGCGUCUGGCGCACCAGGCGCGGGGGGCGUCCCAGCAGCGAGCGACCCAGCCGGCACGGGCCGCUCCCGGACAGACGCGCCGGCGUCAGCCCGUGUUUACUGACGAGGAGGACGCCGAAGGUGAAGCUGAUGACGGCGCUGACGAUGCCGAGGGCGAACAGGACGAGGAGGACAAGAACCUGUACUGUUUCUGCCAGAAACAGAGCUACGGCGAGAUGAUUGGAUGCGACUCGGAUACGUGCCAUUACCAAUGGUUUCAUCUGGAGUGCGUUGGACUGGAAAAGGCGCCGGCGGAGGGCGAGAGCUGGUUUUGCAGCGCGUGCGUGGAGAGCGGGACUGCGACGCGGUCGAUCCAGGCUGCUUCACCGGCCGAGCGAGGGCGGAAGGGAAGGAAGGGCCGAUAGACGUAGUCAUUCGUCACAGGCACUCGGUAUGGACGACGGGUUCCCUACAUGUCGAUAUUGCGCGCGAAGAAGAGGAAGCCGAGCCGGGGGUUCGCUGCGAAAUGGAGAGCUGUGACGUUUCAGCGGGACGGGGCGUCGUGGCUAAUGUUAAACUCGAUGGACAGGUGGGCGGGAGGGCGAGAGUUUCUCGGAUCGGUUCUCAAUGGGACGGGGGGGUUUCGCGCCCUCCCUUCGAACGGGGAGGCUGUGCGGGAGCAUCUCCGGAAGCACGCACGGCUUUAGGACGGGGUGUUGUUGCACACGCUGAUAAUGACGAUACAUGCGCCAGGUUU